UCCUCUCGGCAGGCCUCAGUAGGUUGUCUUCGCGGCAAAGAAAAUUUUAAAGAGUACUUAAGGAGGCUAGCAUGUAAUGAACUUACACACACUUAGGGCAUGGCUAUGGCGGCAAGACGAUCGCUGAUGCGCCUGGGCGAGCUCCGCAAAGUCACCCCGCGCGCCAUCUCUGUCAGGAAUUUGAGCAAUGAGAGGUACUCCGAUGAUAUGAGGUUUGCGAGCAGGCCUCCGACGAACUGGGGCAUCCGGAUCGUUCCAGAGAAGAAAGCCUACGUUGUGGAGCGAUUUGGGAGAUACUUGAAGACACUGGAGUCUGGGUUUCACAUCAUGAUACCUCUGGUGGAUCGCAUUGCGUAUGUCCACUCGCUCAAAGAGGAGGCCAUCCCGAUCUACCACCAGACUGCGGUGACCCGUGACAAUGUGAGCAUCAGUGUGGAUGGAGUGCUCUACAUCAAGAUCGUGGACCCGAAGAAGGCGUCGUAUGGCGUCGGGAACGUUGUCUCCACGGUCGUCCAGCUUGCGCAGACGACAAUGAGGAGCGAGCUCGGGAAGCUGACACUGGACAAGACCUUCGAAGAGCGAGCCGCGCUGAAUGAAAAUAUUGUGAAAUCGAUCAAUCUCGCUGCGAACGACUGGGGCCUGGAGUGUCUUCGCUACGAGAUCAGGGACAUCUCACCUCCUCCCGGCAUAAAAGCGGCAAUGGAAAUGCAAGCCGAGGCCGAGCGUAGGAAGAGGGCGCAAAUUCUGGAGUCUGAAGGUGAAAUGCAAUCCAAUAUCAACAGAGCCGAUGGUGUGAGGAAUGCCAAGAUUCUAGAGUCCCAAGGAGAGGCUGCAGCCAUUCAAACGCUUGCUGCUGCUAUCACCGCCGCUGGCGGCGCUGAGGCCGUGUCACUCCGAGUUGCCGAGCACUACUUGAGAGAGUUUGGGAAGAUCGCCAAAGAGGGGACAACCAUGCUUUUGCCAAACAAUGUCGGUGACCCGUCGAGCAUGCUGGCGACCGCGUUCAGUCUCUACAAAGGCAUCGUGAACAACUACCAGGCCACUCCAGCCGGCCUCCUCAAGAGCAAGAGCGCAUCCAAAGAGAAAGUAAGCUCCCCGAGAAUCAGCGAAGGACCGAGCCGCUUUGCCGAGAUGAGCGAUGGAGAGCCCGGUGGCUUCAGCUUGCAAAGUAAGCCGUGAGUGCUCCACUUCGAGAGUAAGUAGUGCAGCUAGUUCCUCGGCCGAUCGUUGAGAAAUUUUGUGAACUCGUCCCAGAGUUUUGAACGAGCGAAAGCUUCUUUCUAUCCUUCAUCUGUUUGCUAGUUCCUCGCGGCCAGAAAUUUUGUAAACUCGUCCCAGAGUUUUGACGCU